AGAUGACACGCCCAUUACUCAUUUAUGGUCCUUGAUUGGCCGGUAGCUUCUUCCGCCACUGUUGCUCUCAUACAUACUCACUAGCCAGUGUGCGCAACAGCCCAUCCCGUUCGGCGUCCUGAGCAAUUAAAAGGCCCCGGAAACGUCUUCCUAAAUUUCGCUUAUUAGCUUCUAUGUAUCCUCCGAAGGAUUACAUUAUCUAGCAUUUGUUAUUAAAAUGGAUAUUUACUUUACAAACAGCGAUUUCCCUUCGGAUCAGAACGAUCAAUGGUUGAUCAAGCACCCACUGCUUCCAGUUGGGAGCUGGUUGAUACCUUGUGACUGCAGCAUGUCACCAUCCCACGCUCGGCUGCAGUCUACGGGCAGUUCGCUUGGCGAGACCUGCAGCCUUGAUACGACAGAGGGGUUCCUGUGUGAUACGCCCACCUGUCCCAAAGACCUCGGUGUGGCUUGCUAUGAGGCACCGGCAUCAUUGAGAAGCAGCCAUGAGACCAUGAACCUAACGCACAAGCAGCUGCAAUUGGAUAAGCCAGCGAAGCCUCCUAUUGACAGGAGCGUGAUUAUGGACGCUUCGCAGCAGCCAAAACCAGAGCCAAUACCUACGUCGGUUACUCCUAUUUCUGAUUCAGAUCCCUCACCAGCGAAUAAUGGUAGACUGAAGCCAAUACGGAAACGGCUAGUACCGCAAGACAGCGCUGGGCAGCAUAACUGCUCAUUUACAUCCUCGGACAAAGUUGAUUCGGACCUUCGUAACCUGCGGAAGAAGGCACACAACGAGGUGGAGAGGCGUUACAGAGCGGAUCUGAAUGCUAGAUUCAAGCAACUUGAAGAUGCCACUAAACAAGAGACAGCGACCGCCGGACCUGAUGUCAAGUCGACGAGGGGGUUGAGACAGGGUAGAAAAGCAUUGAUUCUGCAGAAUGCCUAUGAUCGCAUUAUUAGCCUUCAGACUGAGCUCCAAACACUGCACCAGAUGAUCUCAACUUUGUGAAGUUGUACUGAUGUGACCCCCUCCAUUAUACCCUGAUAAGUGAAUCAUUUUCCCUAGUAAGCUGGCAGUUUGCUGUUACAUU